AUGACCGAACACGAUCGCCGAAAUCAAGGCUACAGGGGUGGGCGCAAACGCCGCUACAGAGAUGACGAUGACUUCGAUCGCCGCCCUCAGCGGCGCAGAUAUGAGGAGCCGUUGUUCGUCCAGGUUCGACGCCAGUUGUUGACUAUCGCGGAAUCGGCUGCUCGUAGAGCAGAGGAUGACGUUCAGAGUAUUGCGAAGACCGUCUCCGAGAACUACGAGGAUGAAGAAAUCCGUCGCGACUUUGUCAACAUCGCCCUGGAUCUUGUGCUCGAACAACCCUUGAAAAUCCCCUUUAUUGCCGGCACGGUCCUGGUCGCGCAUAAUCUCAAGCCCGAGCUUGGUUCGGAGGUUCUGGGCAAGGCUGCUGAGGCCUUGCAGAAGUACAUUAAUAUUGGUGCAUGGCGUGAAGUGAAGCUACUUAUUCGCUUUUUGGGUAUUCUUCAGCCGGUCUAUGAGGGUGAUGGCAUCUUCCCUCUCUUGGAAGAGCUGUUCGCUCGUGCCGUCGAUCUCCAGACUGCGUCUUCGGAAGAUCUUCUUGGUCUCGAAUUAGUGAAGAUCAUCCAAUUCACCAUUCCAUAUGUGAUGCUGUCCCCCGCUUCAGGCCUUGAGGCCCAGGCCUCCGCCCUGAUGGAAAAGACCGACAUUAUUGCAUCUACACCGCAUGCUCUCGUCGACCUGGUGAACACAUUCAGCCCCGAGGAGAACGCGGAGGCAGCUGGUCAAAGUGUCAUCAGUCUGAUGCAGACUCAGCUCCAAGAUGAGGCCAACCACGGCUGGGAGCUCAAAUGUCUGCCUCGUCCCUGGAAAGACGUCCGGGACGCUGAAACGGAAGAUCCCACGUCCUUCGAAUCGCUUACCAAGGUUCCCUUCCCUCAGGUCACAGUGCCUAAUCCCGUGCCGAACGGCGCCCGUCCUCUUUUCCCAGAGGUCUAUCUGUCGGUGUACGCCAACCAAGAAUUCGACACAGUCCCUUCAACUAAAGAUAUUGCCUCGUCGCUGAUUCGGGACGCACUGGUUGAUACCAUCAACCUCCUUGAUUUCAACCGUGUUGCUACAGCCAAGUUCCUGAUCGAUAUCGACUGCUAUUUCACCCCUCACACUUUCGUAAAGCGCGCUACUCCAUUUGACCGCAUGCGCGACUUCGAACUGGGCGUUCAGGCCUGGAAACCCGAGGACGUGGCAGUGGAUGCAGUGUUCUCGCAACUAUUCCAACUACCGGCGCCCGAGCACAAGCUCGUUUACUAUCACUCCGUUCUCACCGAGUGCUGCAAGAUUGCCCCGGCGGCCAUUGCGCCAAGCUUGGGCCGUGCAAUCCGAUUCCUGUACAACAGCUUGGAGACAAUGGAUCUGGAGCUCAGCAACCGUUUCUUGGAUUGGUUCGCUCACCACUUGAGCAACUUCGGGUUCACAUGGAAAUGGAGCGAGUGGACCCAUGAUCUUGAUCUGCCCGCCAUUGACCCGAGAAUGGCGUUUAUCACCGGUGCUUUGGACAAGGAGAUUCGGUUGAGCUUCGCUCAGCGCAUUAAGGGAACUCUUCCGGAUCCUUACCCCAAAUUGAUCACAGCAGACAAAGAGAAAGAUACACCCGACUUCAAGUACUCGUCCGAGCUGGCCCCUUACGCUAAAGAAGGGCAAGAACUCAUGCAACUUAUUCGGAAGAAAGCCAGCGACGAAGAAAUCCAGCUCGUGAUCACAGCAAUUGAGGACCAGGCCAAGAGCCAGGGCGUCGACGAUCCCAAGAUCCCCUCGACAGAUGCAUUCGUAACCUCGCUUUGCUACGUCGGCUCCAAAUCACUCUCUCAUGUCCUGUCCUGCAUCGAACGGAGCAAAGAUCGACUCCUGGCCAUUGGCGCGGAAUCUCAACGUGCCCGCUGCCAAAUUAUCACAUCCGUCAUGGAGUACUGGGUCGACCAGCCCGGCGUUGCCAUCAACAUCAUCGACAAGCUGCUCAACUACACCAUUCUCAGCCCCCUCUCCGUCCUCGAGUGGGCUCUCUCUGAACAAGUCGCAGCAGGAACCAUUCUUUCCAAGCCUCACGUGUUUGAGAUGAUCUCCGCCACUGUUGGCAAGGUCACCAAUCGCAUGCGUCAGAUCGUUACCGCCCGCACGCAGCCUGGUCUCUACGAGCCCCAGCUUAGCGUCAUCGACGAGACCCUCGCUCGUGAGCGCGCCGACAUGCAGGUUCUCUUCAAGUUCAUCGAGGACUCCAUCGUCUCCGUCGCUGCAGGAAGCAACGACGAGCUGAUGGAGCGCGGUGAUGGUAGCGGCAAUCUCCCCGAAGACGCCAUCAUCCGCCAAUGGGGCCGUCGCUGGCUCCGCGUGUUCCGGCGCAAGGCAGCCGUCGAGGAAUCGUACAUCUCUGAUGCCCUGGCUAAUGCCACUCCUCUCGGCACACAGGCGCCGCCUGUUUCUCAAGGCCCGGCGGAAGGGGAUUUGGAUAUUGCGGAUGCGGACGCGGACGCGGACGCGCAAUAG